AUGUGAGUUGGGACAGAGGCAGGCGUCCAUUGCCAUGUUGCCGCCGCCGCCGCCUUUCUGCGUCAACUCCCCGGCCGGUUGAAUGAAUGGAAGGACAUUUUUUUACUGACAGGUCACAGAGAAAGUCAAAGUACAAGUGGACGUCAACGCCUGGACUUUGAAAAGGGGCCACGCUCAAGCCAUGACCUCCAAGUCGCCUUUGUUCAAGGUGAUUCUCCUGGGCGACGGCGGCGUGGGAAAGUCCUCCCUCAUGAACCGCUUCGUUAGCAACAAAUUCGAUUCGCACCUCUUCCACACCAUCGGCGUGGAGUUCCUCAACAAGGAGCUGGAGGUGGACGGCCAAAGUAUCACCUUGCAGAUCUGGGACACGGCGGGCCAGGAGCGCUUCCGGAGCCUGCGCACCCCCUUCUACCGCGGCUCCGACUGCUGCCUGCUCACAUUCAGUGUGGACGACGCGCAAAGUCUUGCCAACUUGGACAACUGGAAGAAAGAGUUCACCUACUACGCCGACCUCAAGGAGCCCAACAUGUUCCCCUUCGUCGUGCUGGGCAACAAACUGGACGUGGACGAGCGCCAGGUGUCCGGGGAGGACGCGCAGCGGUGGUGCCGUGACCACGGAGGACUGCCUUACUUUGAGACCAGCGCCAAGGAUUCCACCAAUGUGGCAUCAGCUUUUGAAGAAGCCAUCCGUCUGAUCCUCACGCGGGACGAUCGCGCGGGCCACCUCAUCCACACCAACACGGUGGACUUGAGGAGGAAGAGCGUCACCGACUCCAGCUGCUGCUGAAGCGCUCCCACUUUUGUUCCUCUUUGUGUGACCUAUU